AUGAAAAAGGAUUUACAAGUUGGUGCCGAUGGCAGCAAAAUCACUCGAGUUGUUAGUUCGGAGUUGAACAGUCUGCACUCAUCUGUCACAUCUACAAACUCCUCAAAAGAUUUGCUACCUAAUGUGGUGUCCAACUCCAACUCAGCAUACGAGGCGGAGUCUGUACAAGUUUCUGAAUCAGAAACUCGUCCUUCAAAGAUUGUCAUUCUUUUGACUUUGGUAUCGUCAAUAUCUGGAUUCAUGUUUGGUUAUGAUACCGGUUAUAUAUCGUCUGCUUUGGUACAAAUAGGGACAGAUUUGUCAAACAAGAUCUUGACAUCUGGUGAAAAGGAAUUUAUCACUUCUGCCACAUCACUUGGUGCUUUGUUGGGCGCUAUAUUGGGUGGUGUAUUGGCCAAUUUGAUUGGAAGAAAAAGGGUCUUGUUGGGAUCUAAUGUCAUUUUUGUGGUGGGAACAAUAAUACAGCUUGCUGCCAAAACAGUAUGGACCAUGAUUGUGGGCAGAUUCAUCUUGGGAUGGGGUGUUGGUAUUGCAUCCUUGAUUGCGCCCCUCAUGUUGUCCGAGCUUGCACCUUCAAAGUACCGUGGUCGGUUAAUUGUUACAAAUGUCAUGUUCAUUACAGGCGGCCAAUUAGUCGCUUACCUUAUCAACUGGGGGUUGACUCGUGUUGCACAUGGAUGGAGGGUUUCCGUUGGAUUGUGUAUGGUACCAGCCGUACUCCAAUCGGUCUUGUUCUUCUUUUUACCCGAUACUCCAAGAUAUUACGUGAUGAAUGGUGACAUACCGAAGGCAAAGCAAGUAUUGAGAAAGAUUCACAAUAACCCAUCAGAUGCUUUUAUAGAUGCCUCAAUUGAGGACAUGAUCCAAUCUGAUUCAACAGUACCCGGAAACAAUCCAUUGCAAAAGGCAUGGGAGUCGAUAAAAAUCAUCCACACCACGCCAGGAAACUUCAGAGCGUUGAUACUUGCAUGUGGCCUUCAAGGUAUUCAGCAGUUUACUGGGUUCAACUCUUUGAUGUAUUUUAGUACGACCAUUUUUGAAACUAUUGGGUUCAAGAACUCAACUGCUGUGUCGAUUAUCAUAUCAGCCACCAAUUUUGUAUUCACUGGGAUUGCACUUUGCAUCAUUGACAAGGUUGGAAGAAGACGGAUUCUACUUAUAGGUAUGCCAUGCAUGUGUGGAGCCUUGGUUGUAUGUGCAAUUGCUUUCCAUUUUCUCAAUGUCGACUUUUCCUCUGGAGUUACAAUUCACACGAGAGGUAUCAGUGGGUGGGGGAUUGUGGUCAUUAUUGGUAUGAUCUUAUACGUUGCUUCAUAUGCAAUAGGUAUUGGAAAUGCAGCAUGGGUUGGAGUUGAAUUGUUUUCAGACGUCAAUGUUAGAUCCAUUGGUGGAAUGUAUGCGGCCUGCACAAAUUGGGCUGGAUCUUUGGUGAUUGCUUCUACGUUUUUAACAAUGUUGGAGAAAAUAACACCUACAGGAACAUUUUCAUUCUUUGCAGGGCUUUGUGUGAUUGCGUUCUUUUUCGUUUAUUUCUUGCUUCCUGACACCGCUGGUUUGGAGUUGGAGGAGACUACAAACUUUUUAACUAAAGGGUUCAAUGUGAAGCAGUCGAUUGCUUUGUCGAAGGCCAGGAAGAGAAAGUCCAAGUACACUUCUGGAAGCGUUUAG